CACAAGCAGAGUUAGAGAGAGAGAGAGAGAGAGUCAAAUUCAUUUGUGUUAAGUGAUAGAGAGAAUCAUCCAUCCACCCAAUAACCAACCACCCAACCUAUACCUAUGGCCUCCUCUCUCAUGGCUGCCCAAGCCGCCGUCUUUCUCCGCGGCCGUCCCCCCGCCUUCGCCCCUCCCAUCACCUCCUCCUCCGCUGCUCCUCUCUCACUCCCCCCCUCAUCCACUCCCCGCCUUACCCUCAAACCCCGAAUUUCGAGGAUUUCAGCGUCCCUCUCGCCGGUGGUCAUGACCAAAUCGGAGAACAAUAAUCCAAACCAAGCGCCGCCGGAUAUACUCUCGGGAGGGUCAACGCGGACGGUGACUACCAUAUUCGCCCUAGCUCUCUCCCUCGCGAGAUUCGUGACGCACAGGGCCAUAACCCUGACCGUGCAAUUGAAGGAACCUCUGCUCAAGUCCGCCGGGCCAGCGUUCUUCGCGGCGAUGAGAGACGUACCUUCGGGGUCGCUCAACACGCCGUUCACAGUGGUGGCGGCGGGGAUGGCCAAGUGGCUGGACUUGUACAGCGGGGUUUUGAUGGUUAGGGUUUUGCUGAGUUGGUUUCCGAACAUACCUUGGGAUAGGCAGCCGUUGUCAGCGAUUAGGGAUUUGUGUGAUCCGUAUUUGAACCUCUUCAGGAACAUAAUUCCUCCAAUUUUCGAUACCCUAGAUGUCAGCCCUCUCCUCGCAUUUGCUGUCUUGGGAACGCUCGCCACCAUUCUCAACAACAGCAGGGCCGCCUCUUGAGGCAAUCAGUUGGUAGGAUGCUUAUAUUUGUUGAAUUAUGUGAGGAUUCAUGAUGGAUGGCUUGCUUGCUUGUUUUGAUCGAUCUAGUUUUGCACUAAAGAAUUUGUUCUUGGGGUACUUCUGAUGAGGGAACUAUUUUUUUGUUGACAUAGUUACGCUGAAUAAUAUUAAUAUGAAUUUCCACAUUGCUUGAAAGUGAUGAACCUAUGUGGAAUUCUUUUACCUUGA